AUUCGUUAUUCUAUCUUUAACGGAGGUGAUUACUAGGUUAGCCAGGAACCUUAAUUGAGCUAAGUUCUCUAUAGCGGCGAAAUGUGGACCUCACCGAAGCCCCCUCACAAUGAUCAAUCCUUUUCGAGCCCCCCACUUCUCCCCGUCAGGCAUUCAACUUCUUUAACGCGUAACUUGAGAGAAGAGCUGGAAAGUUCAUUCAAUCCGGCUUCGGGAGGUUCGAGAGUACACUCUACUUACAAUACUGUGCCAGCUGCACCAGAUAUGAUUGGUCAACCAUCCUUUCACGUGACGAAGAAUGAUGUACAAGAUCCAAGGCCUUUCUCACAAGGAAAGGAAGAAAUUCAAGGCAGCCUUCCCAACGAUAACACAGCUUCAUAUAAUUGGAAAACGCCAGGAGCUUUGAGAAGCGAAGAUACAAAAAGCGAAUACAACCCCGAAAGAGGACACGCAAGGCGGCUGAACUCCUUUUUCUCGAGUCCCAGCUCUUCGAGGAAAAACCAAAGCCAGAACCACUCUGAGAGAUCUCAACACGAGGGUACUAGGAGAAAGAACACGUCAAUUUCCAGUGAAGAGUACCCUGCGAAAGCCGCAACUCAGGCAAGCAGGAGAAUAGUCUCCUCAUCCACAGACAUUCCAGAAACAGAAGCAGAAGCCCAAUCUCAUAUUCAAGCCAUCAGAAGUGAGAAGCGCGAGCAUGGCGGUGGCAGGAACGCAAAAGAUCUGGAGGCUGCCCUUGACUUGAUAUCAAAGGAUCUAUACCAGAAACCGAUGCAUUUCCUCCUAGAACUGUUCCAAAACGCUGAUGACAACUUAUAUAAGCCAUCGGCCACGCCUAAAAUGAAAAUUACUUACCGCAACGGCACUCUUCGGUUCGAUACAAAUGAAAUUGGCUUUCGCAAGACGGAUGUUGAGGCAAUUUGCAGCAUCGGGCGUAGCUCAAAAGUGGAAUCCCAAGCUGACCAGAGACGAAUUGGCGAGAAAGGUAUUGGUUUCAAAUCAGUCUUCAGAGUUUCAAGCUCUGUGUUCAUCGGUUCAGGUCAUUACUCGUUCAUGUUCACCGAUAAAGAGCCACUAGGAAGGCUUACUCCAGUUUGGGCACGAUUUCCAGAAAAACCUUUGGCCGGAUUCACUUCCAUUUUCCUCCGGCUCCAUCCAACUCUAGAUUUCAAUAUCUUGGUCCAGGAGCUGAACGCAUUAGAUGGAAGGCUCUUAAUGUUCCUUCAAAACCUGAAAGAAGUGGAAAUUGAGGUGUUUACAGACCACCAGACUUCGAAUGUAACACUACGACGCCAUGACGUUAUGAGCGCAUACAUAGGGCUCCCCUGCCGCCAUUUAGAACCGGAUGCCUCUUCACCCUAUAUCCUAUUUCGAUACUUGGUCUCCAACCUUCCCCCAGAGCCAAAACGGAAGGGUCGCACGACUUCAGAAAUUGUGUUAGCAUUUCCAUCAAUUGAAUCUAAUCCCACUUCAUCCUCCCGACGGCCACGCAGAUUGCCUAUUCUCGUGACUCAUAAGGUUUACGCUUUUUUACCGAUUCGUGACUAUGGUUUCAAGUUCAUUUUACAGGCUGAUUUCGUGCUCAUCGCCAACCGGGAGGAAAUCGAAUCUGACUCGGCUUGGAACAAAGCCUUGCUGCAUCUUAUGCCCCACGCAUUACUGGCCGCCAUCAAUGAAUUCAAUACAGGAGAGUUUCGUUUCUAUUGGAUCCAUUUUUUCCCUUUGAGGCAGGACAGAGAUGACUUUUUUCAUGAUCUUUGGCCUGAAGUUCAACAACUCCUGUCCACAAGGCCCAUCUUGGAAUCCAUGACUGGCGACAAACGGGUCCCCUCAGACCUAGCAAUUGUCCCAGAAGAAUAUACUUAUGGAAUUGGAAAUCCCCUCAUUCCCCCGGUCUCUUCUAUCUUUACCUACGUAUCGCAAAACUACCCCGCCGAGGACCGCGAAGCCCUCGAGUCUCUAGGUGUAAGACGCAUCUCGGCUAAAGAUUUCCUAGAUGACCUCUCAAACUUUAUCAAGAAAUCGGCCGUUGAGUUUCAGUCCAUGGAUGACGAAUGGCAUUCCCGGUUAUCGCAAAUUCUGGACCCUCUGACGGCGAAAUUCGGGAAGUUGAUAUUCUCACUUCCCAUCAUUCCUCUGCGAAAUGGGAAAUGGACAGCAGCAAAUUCGGACCCACUGUUAUUUCCUUUAGCAGCUGGGGAUUUGGUUGUUCCUGAACAUAUCAAUGCUUUUGUUAUUCACCCAGAUGCUGCAAACGAUCCCUCUCGUAGGACCCUUCUCAGCAAGCUCCAGGCUCGGGAUGCAACCAAAGCCGAAGUGUGUAGUAUUAUCAUGCAGUCUCACAUGAGUCCCCGGUUUAAUUCCAAGGAUAUUUUUUUGCGAGAUAUGAUAUCUCAUGCAGAGUUUCUCUGCAAAGCACGGUGGGUUCGCAACUCGCCAGACGCAUACAUAUGGGUCGUCACAGAAGAUCACUAUCGUCAUCGUAGCAACCAGGUCUAUAUGGACACUGGCGAGCUGCAUUCCGCUGGCCAGGUUUUCAAGAACCACAAGAAGCGUUUUAAAUUUCUACACAAGGCCUACUCGACAAUCUUCACUCGGCAAGCGGAUAGGAAAUGGAUUCAAAAAAAUAUUGGUGUGGGGUUAAUUCCUCGCUUGGUUGUUCUCUCAUCCGAGGGAACAUUCAGUCUCAGCAACGAUUUCCGUUUCCUCGUUGACUCUUGCAUGUCGUCGGAAGUCUUGCAGCUCCUUAAAGCACAUUGGAAUCACUAUCGCCAAUGGAUUCUGACUGAGAACUUUCAAACUACAAAAACCGAACCAAGCAGUCUUGUCCAUGACACGCCACACAGCAAAAUACGGGCAUUUCUUUCGUUAAUGAAUGUCCGGUGUCAUGAUGGGUCUUUCGUUCCACUGGAUCAAACAUAUCUACCCCGUAGCACAAUAUUGCAGGGGUUAGAUAUAUCGAAGGCUGAACUGAAGAGCAAUACAACCAUGUCCGAAGACGGACCAACAUCUACUGAUGGGAUGGAAACCGCAAAUGAACUUCCAGAAGUUGAGCAAACGGACAACAAUCUGCCAUCAGAAAAUACGGGCAUCGAUACACCCAAGUCUAAAUUUCCACUCCUUGCCGUUCCGGAACCUGAGCAAAAUGACUGGGACUUCCUGGAGAAGCUUGGUGUUGUGAUCACAUUGAAAGCCAAGGAUUUAAUUGCUCGCCUCAAGCAGCUCCAACGCAACGCAUCAUCACCGGAACAGGUUACUCGGCUUUAUGAGAGAAUGCAAACAGGUGAAAAUGAGGGCGAUACGAGCCUUAUAAAGCGCCAUUUUAGAGAAGAAAAGCUUGUUUUAAUACCUAUGAAUAGUAAUAAAAAAUCGCUUCUCCCCAGGUGGGUGAAUACAACAGAGUGUGUCUGGGAUGGCCUGGCAUGCCUCCGGAAAACACCCCGUUUGAAGGACUAUUAUCCCGAAUAUGAAGUGCUCUUCUGCGAAAAGCUUGGAGUUAGAAAUGCCACUCUGAAAACUGUUGUCACUGAGACUAAGCAAAUCCAAUCCACCGAUUCCUUGGCCUACAUUCGUGACAUUUUCAAACAGCUGAGCCAUAUGUCAUAUGGCCUCUCCGAAUGGAAGCUAAGGGAGGCGGGUGUCUUCGACCUUCAACUUUUCCAGAUCUUUCCUGUGUGGACUAACGCGAGGGGUCCUGAAUUUGACUGCCUGAAGUCUGCUAGAUCUAUUACUGAAAGUAAUUCAUGGUACAUUGCAGAUCUUCAGCAUCUAUGCGACUCCUUCCAAGGCAUCGUUCCAUUACUGGCAUUUGAAAGCCAAAGUCUCGAGGACAUCAAGCUCUUGAUCAAGCACACGGGAUGUGACAAGAGAAAAUUAUCCGAUUUCGCCAAAAGAGAAGCAAGUAUCAAUGGAUGGGAAAGGCCUAAUGAGGAAUACACCCGAUCUCUCCAAGGUAAAUGGAAAUACAUUGCACGGCUUGUUCCUCUUACGAAUCCAAAUUGGAGGACCAUUCAGAAACAACUUCUCCACAUGGAAGUUUACCAACCACAGAGAGUCUCCGUUUCAUGGAAAUUCUUGACUUCAUGGGGAACAAUGAUCUCUGGGCGCCCAGAAAAAGGCCGUGUAAUGCUCGCUACCGAAGGUGAUAUCUUGAAGAUAUAUCUCAUAUGUGAGGACAUGGAAAUCGGUUGCCCUCCACUUGAACUAACCGACGAACUUGCAACAUUCUGCGGCAUAAAAGAUAUCGAACACAUUAAGCUGCUCACUCAUAUUCUCGUACAAAAGGACACGAGAAGAAUUGCACUGGACCUAAAAAAGCGAGAAAUACCAGAUAAUGUUCCUGCGGAUACAGUGAGAGAUUUGGGCACUGGUAACCUAACCAAGCCAAUUCCUCGAGACUCCGAUAAUGUGACACAACCAGAAUCACACCCUGAUAGAAAAUCGCCCAAGGGCCCAAGAUUCAAGAAACCCCUUGGAAAGGAAUUAUUAGAGCUUAACCUCUCGAUGCGUGUCUCGAUAGGAGGCUCGAAAAGGAAUAUCACUCGCAAAGUCGACCCCCCCGCCAUAGACAGAUUAAAUCUAACCAACGGGACCGAGGACCAAACUACAAUGUUGCACGCCAACCUGGCCCCCGAUUCUCGGGACAUCCAACGUGAAAAAACCUACAACAUGAAUGAGGAUUACCGGUUUCAAUCUUCACUGCCCGGCUCGGAAGUGGCAAUGUUUGACAACAUUGAUGAUUCAGUUGGAUUUACUUCGUAUUCAAACACCACGGAUUGGGCAAAUCUUCCGCCUUCCAACAAAAUAAGACGCUUGAAAAGAGGACAAAACUCCGCAGCCCGUGGCCUAAUGUCUUUGCCGAUGCCUGUUCCAUCAAUAAGCGGCAACAGUCAAAGUGAAGAUAGCAUGUUUAUCGCUGAACUAUAUGUUUCAGGCUUCUUGAAGGUUGCGCUAGGAGAUGAAUAUCUGCCAAGCACGCAUUGGACGAGUUACCUCCGAAGCAGGUCCGGCCACAAACCCUACGACCCCCCGAAUCUGAGCGUCUCAACAUUUACUAUCCAGGAUACAAGUGGGCGGCUCGCGGCGAUUCUCUCACAGGAAGGGUUCCAGCAAGUCAAAUAUUUAAACGAAAGUCCUACCUUUCACAUACAAGUAGUUCCUUCAGCUGGACCUGUCAGCUCAACAUUUGAUAUAGAUUCGGAACAAAUCAAGAAGGCAGAGAAUCUUACAAUUUCCGAAAACUCUAAUAGUAAAUACAAGUCCAUCUUCAUCUUGGCUCUUGUCUUCAACCUCUAUAAAGAUCCCGGAAUUGCACUAUUUGCCGACCCAUGGCAGUUAUACUGCAAACGCUCUCUAUCUCUCGAGACGUACAGCGAGUACCAGGCGUGUUUUGGUGAAAAUGCCCCUGCUAUUUAUGUACACCGCACGGCAAAUGCAAGGCGCCUCUCAAAAGCCAAUGAGGCAGACAAAACGUUCAAUUAUGGAGAGCUGAAGCACGGAGAAAUCAGGCUUCUCAAGCUGGAACCGGGAACUGGUGACAUGCCACUUAAAGGAACCAUUCAUCAUGUUCCUAUCUCAGACCCAGGCCCUUUCGUAGCCAUCUCAUACGUCUGGGGUACGGCGCCAAACACCUGGGUUCCCACAUACUUCGAAACUCCCGGCGGUAAAAUUCACCUCACCCAUUCUUUGGCCGCUGCUUUGAGGCAGAUUAGGGAAAGAGGCAAUUCCAAUAUACUCUGGGCAGACUGGAUAUGUAUCAACCAAGAUGAUUCUCGAGAGAAAGCCAUCCAAGUCCGGCUGAUGAAUAAGAUAUACCAGACAGCCAAUCUAGUCAUAGCUUGGAUUGGUCACGAAUAUGAAGGCAGUGGCGAAGCCAUUAAAACCCUUGCCAACAUUGGCCUUCAACAUUCGCUUGCACCAAAAUACUUGGCCGAAGACCUGAUUCAUACUUCAUAUUCAUGGCCUUUGAAAGUUCCAGAUGCAAGCGACGAUAUUUGGACCAAGGUCAACUUACUUCUCAAACGAAACUGGUUCCAACGGAUUUGGAUCGUCCAAGAACUUGUUCUCCCGUCAAAGGUUCUCAUCUUGUGUGGUGUAUCAGAGUUGGACUGGGACCACUUCUUCGAGGCCUUGAUAAUCUGUGGAAAGGUGUUCAAUCUCCAGGGUCGCCAGGAAGACAUCAAAAUUCUGCCUGAUUUAGGGCCAGCGUAUGCGCUUGGCCUUACACGACGCAGGCUUAGAGAGGUAGCCAAGAAAUACAGCCUGCUCGACCUGCUGGAGCUAUUUGCACAUACAAAGGCAACUAUGGAGCGCGACAAGCUUUUCGCUUUGCUUGGCCUUGCAUACGAUUCUGGAAAUCAACUGUUCAAUCCCGACUACGAUUCGCCCAUGCAUGAUGUUUUGCUACGAUAUGCUAAGGGCUUUGUCAUUGGCCGCCAGGCUAUUGAGCUGCUAUACAGGGCAGGAGCGUCUAAGUCUUACCACUCCUGCUCAUGGAUUCCUCGAUUGACUACAGGGAAUUUCCCCAAGACGAUUUCAACAUGGGAAGCAGCUGACGGCUACUUCAGUGCGGGUUCGGCUACCCCACCCAUGGCAACGUACCAACCAAACGGCGUCCUGGAAAUCAAAGGCUAUGCGAUCGAGGUCAUUGCCAGCGUAGACCCAUUAAGAAUGGGGACGGGAAGCGUGCUAUCCUUUUUCGAUGCCAUGGCGGACUUCCGCAGGCUGAUUAAUUACGUUGGCGACUAUCCAACGGGAGAGGUGCGAGAUGACCUUCUCCUGAUACUACCCAUCGGGAACGCAAGAGGUCCUCAACUUGAAUCUACAAUUGACAAGUUACAUUCUUACCAAGUAUCAGCCAGAAAUCAAGACUCGCUAACGGAAGAAUGGCCCACCGACCUGCGGGGAUUAGUCCUGUCUGUUAGUCACGACCAGGAUCCGUCAAGAUACCAAAGGAUGCCAUUGCAGAAGCAGCUGAUUGUGGCGAAAUACUGGCAGACUGCUGCGGCAUUCUCCAAUCGGUUAGGGAAUAUGGCGUUCUGCUUUACGAAGAAGCGCUUUGUGGGCCUCGUGCCCGAUGCCGCGGAGGUAGGGGAUAGGAUUUGCUUGUUGCAUGGGGGAAGGGUACCAUUUGUAUUGAGGAGAGAGGAGAAGGGGUUUAGGUUUGUUGGGGAGUGUUAUAUUCAUGGAAUUAUGAAGGGUGAGGCUUUGAAGAGGGAAGGGCUUCUGGAGAUGACUUUUCGGUUGGUGUAGAGUGCUAAGAAUCGGCUUUAUCUAGCAGUGUUGUAAGCCCGUGGUCAACCUUAUAGACUUUAGCUUCACUAAUAUCGCACUUCUC